UGUUUAAAGAUGGCCGACGUGCAGCAAGGAGGGCGCAUUUUUCAAAGCGGAGAGGAUUGUAAGCAAAGCUGGAAGGAUGCGGGUGCUGGUUAUAAUGAAACAGAUACACACCUCGAAAUAAUGGGAAAGCCCGUCAUGGAAAGAUGGGAGACUCCUUAUAUGCAUAAAUUAGCCGAAAUCGCAGCCUCCAAAGGAGGAGUGGUGCUAGAAAUUGGCUUUGGAAUGGCCAUAUCUGCCAGUAAGAUAGAGGAGUUUGAUAUACAGGAACAUGCUAUCAUUGAAUGUAAUGAUGGCGUUUUUCAAAGACUAGAGAAGUGGGCAAAAGAGCAAAAACAUAAGAUCACACCACUAAAGGGGAUGUGGGAAGAUGUAGUGCCAACUUUGCCAGAUGCUUCCUUUGAUGGAAUCAUGUAUGAUACUUACCCCUUGAGUGAAGAGGAUUGGCACACUCAUCAGUUCAACUUCAUCAACAACCAUGCCUUCCGGCUGCUGAAGCCAGGGGGAGUGCUCACCUACUGUAAUCUGACCUCCUGGGGAGAACUGAUGAAGACCAAGUACACAGAUAUUGCCAAAAUGUUUGAGGAAACCCAGCUACCCAAGCUUCUAGAAGCUGGCUUUAAGCGAGAGAACAUAUCUUGGGAAGUGAUGGCAGUGGAUGUGCCUGAGUGCAAAUAUUACUCUCAUAACUUCAUGAUUGCUCCGACCUGUAUCAAACAGUAAACAACCUCGUCUCAAGAAGUCUUGUUACCUUUGUUUCACCAAAGUUCCAUGAGUUCAAGUUUCCUAUGCUUGUUGCACUAUGAAUUCCAAAAGAAUAUUCACUUAUUAUUGCGCCUUACUUGUAAUAGCAUUUGAACAUAAUGUUCAGUUGCUACACCUGGUUAUUUUUGUUUUUAGUGUGCAGUUAACAAAUAGGUCUGUGUCAGUGCGUAGUUUCAUAAAAAUGUGAUUUGCAAAGCAUAUGUUAAGUUUGAUUUGUUGAAUUAAUUAAAUAAAUACUGAGUAAUCUUUUAUAGAUAUAUAGAUUAAACAUGUAACAUGUUAUUGCUGUUGAGUUUUUGUAGUCAGUAGAGAAUUGCAGGCUUCCAUCUCACCAACACCUCACUGGAUGUUCUUGGGCUAUCAUUGUUAAGUACCUCAUUGCACCAGUAUUUUUUAUAUCUUUCAAUUUCUCUUUAAAUGCUACAGGUUGCUGCAUAUGGAUUUAAUUUGUACCAAAAUGACUAUAAUGAUGUAUUGAAUGUUUUAAGAGGGGGGUUUCUUGAUUUAAUCAUUCUUUUACAUAAUGCUUCUGUUUAAGCAAUUUUUAAUGUGACAUAUUUUUGAUUUUUUCGUUGAAGUUCAAAAUGUACGGUGCCAAAACCCAAAAAUUUGUAGACUCAUACUGAACCUUCCAAAUUGAUCAUGUAGUGAAAAAUGCUAAGAACAAAGAUAUCAUUGGAAACCAUUUACAUUAAUUAGUGAAUUGUGUCCUUAUUUAAAUGCAAUUUGCAUUGUGGGGAAAAAUUGACUCAGUGAACCUGUCCAAACUUACAAUAAUGUAUUAGGGACAUUUGUAUGGUCAUAUUUUUGAUAAAGUACACUUACAUUCUUGUAUGAUAUC